UGUACACCGUUUUGGGAAAAUGUCGUUAGGUAGGCCGACAAACCGUCAUGAAACGUAGUAAACGUUGAGGCGAACUGAACGUACAUUUGCCUAGAUUUCAGGUAGGCUACAUUCCCUGUGAUUUGAGAACAACAAGGUAUGACAGGAGGACAUUUGCAUAGAUCUCCGCCCCCAAUGCUUUCGUUGCGUAGUAGUACAACACAAAACACCUUCACAGUUCUCAAAGUUCAGUAUUUCAGAGACUGGACCUAGUUAGUUUACUCUGCUACAAUAUUUUAGUGAUAGAAGUUAGCACGCGCGCACUCAUUAUCUAGCCAAAGUUUCAACCUGGGUGGAAUUUAUUCUUCGCACUCGCAGCAAGAUGUCUAUUCAGAAUACCUCCACGUCAUACAGGACCGUCAGCGUCUCGUCGGACCCAGCCACCACAGUUCUAUCGCCGGGCCAAUACAUCGACGGUUACAGAACUAUGAGUGUUUCGUCUGCUCCGGUACAGUAUGGCAUCGGUAAUGGCUACGAUACCGUGCGCUACCUAAUGCCAGUUCAGCAGGCGAUUCAGCAGCAGCAGAUGCAGUAUGUGCUGGUCAACCAGCCCCCCCAGGUUAUGCAGCAGAUGGUGUCACCUGUAUAUUUGCAGAAUAUCCAGAGGGUCCGUGUAAAUAGUUCGGAAGAAUCAGACAUCUACCGAGAACAAAUUGUAGAGAACGUCAAUGGGAAAACCCCUUCUGUAUUCAGCCAGAUGUCUAGCUCCAUCAAGAGCCCUGAGCCUAGUGUUGAAGAGGAGGAGGAGGAGGAGGAGGAGGAGGAGGGGCAAAACAUCUGGAACCUGGUGAUUAAUUCAAGUAGUAUAGAUGCCAUAUUGCUCUUUCAUGCCAUGAUGAUGGUGGGUAUGUCUCUCUCUUUUGCUUGUGACAGAUUGAUGUCUAAGAUUCAACUCGUUCCCUCUCUUUUUCCCCAGGAGGAGGAGAUGGUGAACAUCGUUAAGGAGAAUGUGGUGAAGAGGGUGAUAGAGAGCGUGUCUCAGGUGGGGAUAAAGAGUGAGGUGAGGGAGGUAGUGCCCGUGGUGAAGAUGGACACACGUUUCUUCGGAGAGCUGCUGGCGGAGGUUUACAGGAAGAACUGUGACAUCCACACCUGCAUCUCAGAACACGUGGCCAAGAUACGUGGAAGGAAACACCUCUUAGAUCCCAGUAAUGACUACAAGGUAAAGAGAGAGGACAUUGAGGCCCUGAUCCCCAAAGGAGCAUCUGAGCUGACCAAACAGCAGCUCCGCUACCUGCUGCAGACCCGUAUGACAGCAGACAAGACCAUGCGUCUCCUUCUGACCACCUUCAGCAGCCUGAGGGAGGAGCUGAUCCACAUGUCAGAGGAUCUGAGGCGUCUGGAGAGCGAGAAGGAGUCCCUGGAGAGAGACCUGAGCUUCAAGGCUGACCAGGCUGAGCAGUAUGACCGCCUCCUAGAGGCCAUACGAGAGAACAACAGACAGCUACAGAUAUCUCUGAAGGAGACCAGCUCCAGCCAGCGGACCCUGGAGACUCAGCUCCUGAGCAGCCGCACUACAGACUCAAACAGGGACUUCCGCAUCAAAGAACUGGAGGGCAGCUACCGAGCCCUGGAGAAGGAAAAUGAGAUGCUCAAACAGAAGUUGGCUGGCCAGUGCAGCAGUAGCACCAUUCAGAUGAAUACAGAGGAGCUGUCACGUCAGUACUCAGAGCAGCUAGCUGCCCUGCGCCAGGAGAAGGACAAGGAACUGCAGAGCCUCAGGUCCCAGCUGACGCGGAUCACCACAGAGUACACCACAGAGAGGUCAGGUGACAAGAGCCUGCAUCUCCGCAUCACACAGCUGCUGACAACGCUGGAGCAGCGGGAGGUCGUCAUCAAACAUCAGGAAGAGGACAUCUGGCGGUUGCAGCAGGAGAAGAAGAGAGACAGCUCCAAGAACGUCACCACGACCACUAUCACCAAAAGGUACAGGAACCAGUACCCCCUCCUGGGCCUGCUAACUGAUGACUACAAUUCCACAUCGCCCAUCAAGGAUACCAAGACCAUCGUAAUCGAGAGCCGGACGGGGGAGAUGAUCAAACAGGAAAUCAUUACAACCCCUUAAAGACACUGCUUCUCUCGGACAAAUUACAACUCCUUAAAGACACUGCUUAUCUCUGCUCUGCACAGGAAUGAACAACAAGAAGACCUUGACCCCCCCCCCCCCCCAGCAUGCUUCCCUCUCCCCGUCCCUCGUCCUCGGGGCUCCCAGGGUGGUGGUGGCAGGGGUUCAGCACCCCUAUAUAUGGGAUGGGUGGUUUUGACCAAAUGGGGUUUGCUUGGACAGGAGGCUUCACUUUGGCUGGGAUGGGGGGCAUCAAAUACUCAACAACCAAAUAUGUUAUAGUAGAAGCUUAGCGGUUAAGAGUGUUAGGCCGGUAACCGAAAAGGUUUCUGGUUCGAAAUCCCUGAGCCAACUAGGUGAAAACUCUGUCUGUGCCCUUGAGUAAGACACUUAACCCUAAUUUCUCCAGUAAGUCACUCUGGAUAAGAGCGUCUGCUAAAUGACUAAAAUGUCAAAUGCUUAUGCUACAGCCAGGAGGGCUGAGAGUGGACAGCAAAGAGGGGGCUGGGGCUUAUUAGUAUGCAGCUCACUAGUGUGUCUGUCCUCCAUGGAGCCACCACUACCCUGCUAGUCUUUAGGACAUCUCCUCUAAAUGUGCUAUGGUGAUAGUAUGGUUACUAUGCAUAUAAAUAAGGAAGCUAAAUAUGCUUUAAUUAUGCGCUAAUUAAAGAGACUGUAUGGUAAAAUGUGCUUUGUUCUGCCUCUGUUCUGGUCUUUUGCUUUUCUUUUGUGGCAAGGUACAUAGUUGUGUUAUGUUUCAGCUGCAUUGUGUUUCAUGUUUAUACCUUAAGAGGUGCAUGGGUAUGUUUUGUUGUUGUUAUUGAAUGGAGCGCUGCGCUUGGGGUUGGGGAGGGGGGUUGGAGUGGGGUGUAUUAGAAUAUAAGUGACUGGGUUGGACAUGGCCUGGGGGCAUGGUUCUAUGGAUGAUAUAAAAUGGUGGAUGAACUGAACAUUUUAAAAGUAAAAUUAACAAUGUAUGAAGUAGCAUGUUUUUCCUUUUGAUUGUUAUCUGCUGAAGGGUCAUUAUUUAAUUGCGGUGGUAAAUGCUGUCCCUUGACUUUGAAACCAUAUAAAAACACUUUCAAAUGAC